UCUGAGUCCAGGCGGGGGAUCAGAUCAGUUCAGGUCAUAGUGCGUUGCUCCAGUCCCGCAAACUUCCUCUGCGUGGAUCAACAUUGGACUUUCUCUUCACCAAUCCACGGAUUGUUCUGGACACUCUUUAUUCCGUCUGGAGAAACUGUUUCACACCCCUGAAUGAUGUUUUCGCCGCAUUUCGGAGCUGCUCUGUCUCUGAAGUUUCUGCAGACCAUCUCAUCUUGUUUCUCUGCCUCCAGUGUUUACAUCCAAGACGGGUUUAAAUGCAGGAGAAACUGUAAGACGUUGUUUCGGAGCGGGUGUGUCGCUGGUUGGAGCAGAGAUGCGUAAUGCGCAGAGAAAACUGGGUCUCCACUCCGAAUAGGAAGCGACCAAGACCCGAAAAUGUCUAAGCCGGAGGUGAAGAAGGAGUCCGGGGAGUCCAGCCCGCUGGAGGCGGCCUGCCUCUGCUCUCCUCCGGCGGCCAAGAACCAGUGCGCCAGCUGCGGCUUGGAGAUCCAAGACCGCUACCUGCUGAAAGUGAACAACCUGAACUGGCAUCUGGGCUGCUUGGAGUGUUCAGUCUGCAGAGCGUCGCUGCGCCAACACAGCAGCUGCUACGUCAAAAACAAAGAAAUAUUCUGCAAACUGGAUUAUUUCAGUAGGUUCGGUACCAAGUGCGCCCAGUGCGGCCGGCAGGUGUUCGCCAGCGACUGGGUGAGGCGGGCACGGGGCAGCGUCUACCACCUGGCCUGCUUCGCCUGCUUCUCCUGCAAGAGGCAGCUGUCGACCGGGGAGGAGUUCGGCCUGGUGGAGGGCCGGGUGCUCUGCCGCAGCCACUACGACAUCAUGCUGGAAAACCUCCGCAGGGCCGCAGAGAACGGGACAGGUCUGACUCUGGAAGGAGCGCUGCCGUCGGAUCAGGACUGCCAACCCAAACCAGCCAAGAGGGCGCGGACGUCCUUCACGGCCGAGCAGCUGCAGGUCAUGCAGACGCAGUUCGCUCAGGACAACAACCCCGACGCUCAGACGCUGCAGAAACUGGCAGAAAUGACGGGACUGAGCAGGAGAGUGAUACAGGUUUGGUUUCAGAACUGCCGCGCCCGACACAAAAAGCAGCCGCCGCCGCAGAGCAGCAGCUUCCCCCAGAGCGCGCCGCUGUCCAGGAUGCCGCCGUCGCUUCCAGAGGAUCUCCACUACUCCUCGUUCAGCAGCCCGGACCGACCGCACCUCCUCGCUCUGCACGGAUACCUGGACGCUCACCCCUUCUCCGUCCUCGCCGCCCCCGGACACUUGACUCAUCCCUCCAUCGCUCUGCCACAGCUUCCCAUCAGCCGCUGACCCUGACGAUGUCACGGACGCCUGUCGCCACGGUUACCUCCGUUUUCAGCUGGUUGUCAGACUGUUGAGCUGAACUGUGGUGAAACCUUCAAGCAA